AUGGGGGCCAAGCAGUCAAGCGCUCACUGCAGGGACAAGGGCCCUAGAAGGAUGGUUCUCCUGUGUGGGAGGCAGCCCUUCUCCCCGUGGGAUGACAGCCUGCUCUCGGGAAAGGACCCCCGGGCUCUGCUGAAGCGGGGCAUGCGGCACGUCAGCUUCAGCCUGGUCACCAAGGGAAUGACGGACAUCCCCGACUUUCUGUGGGGCUUGUCUGAGGUCCAGAAGCUCAAUCUGUCUCACAACCAGCUCAGGGCUCUCCCCGCCGACGUGGGGAAGCUGAGUCGGCUGGUGGUCCUGAAUCUAUGCGGGAACCGCCUGCGGAGCCUGCCUCGAGAAAUCAGCCUCCUCAAGAGCCUCAAGGUCCUGUUCGUGAACAUGAACUGCCUGACGGAGCUGCCGGCCGAGCUGAGUGCUUGCAGGAGCCUGGAGGUCCUGAGCUUGUCCCACAACUGCCUCUCCCAGCUUCCCGCCAGCCUCGCUGACCUCUCCAGACUGCGGAAGCUGAACCUCAGCAACAACUACUUUACUCACAUCCCCAUCUGUGUGUUUGCGCUGAAGGAGCUGGAUUUCCUGCAUGUGGGUUCCAAUCGCCUGGAAAACAUCGCCGAGAGCAUCCAGUGCCUGGUCAGCCUGCAGAUCUUCAUUGCGGAGAGCAACAACAUCCACUCCUUCCCGCGGUCGCUCUGCCUGCUCACCGGGCUGGAGCUGCUGAACUUGAACAACAAUGACAUCCAGACCCUCCCAGAUGAGCUCUACCUGCUGUGGAGACUGGGGCGGAUUGCUUGGAACCCCAUGGACAAAGGGCUCCACAUUUCCCAUAACCCGUUAUCCAAGCCUCUGCCAGAGCUGGUAGAGGGGGGCCUGGAGAUGCUCUUCAGUUACCUGAAGGACAAAAAGCGCAACUGA